GCGUAGCCAUCGAUGACGGCGGGCAAGGCUCCGGCAGGACGCUUCACGUCUGGGAGCGAAAGAAGGUUUGUAAAUUUCAUGCUACGCACAAUAAGGGCCGAAGAUACAUCAGAGCGCCCCGCGAAGGUCGCCCAACCGCACGCGUUUCUAGUUGACGGGCCAAUCGUGUUGAAAAAGUUCUGCCUCGUCCAAACCUGCAAGGAUUCAUGGGAAACAGUCGCUAGGAAAUACCCUAAACGCGCUGCAAAGCCGAGCAGAAGCUCGGAGACGAGUAUAACGGUAGGCAAGAAUGACCGGGACCGUCAUCUACGCUCUUCGACCAAGCUACUGAGCUCUUGAACGCCCGACGAUCGAACAGGAGUAUCUUCGGAUCCAUCAGAAGCCCCCAUUCCACCAUAUUCGAGAUAGGGCAAGACACGAUGCACUUGACACUGAAUACGUACUCUUCGAGGGUGCACCGCCGAGUUCCUGGCAAGCGACUUACAGUGACCAACGGGCGCGCUGUGUGGAGAUAGACGACGCAAGUCCUUCCGGACCGCUUAACGAUGCGUGUGCAUAUAUGCAUAUGGAAGUCGGAGCAGCGGGACGAGCCGUUGGGAGAUCGGCAUAUGGUAUGCCUAACCGGGUUGCCGCGUUGUGCCUCCUUGCGCCAUUCAUAUGUCGCUACGUUGGUCCCGCGGCUACGAGUCAUGUUAUCCUCCACAUCGAAUGCUUGAUGAAGCUUGAAGCUUGAAGCCGCGUCCGGGCUCAACCUGGCUGCCCGGAUCUCAGGCGCAAAGUUAGGUAGGUAGGUAGGUAGGUAGUAUUAACCGGCGCGGUCCCAAUACCGGAACAGCCGGGCCCCAGGGCCUCGCACUAGUGGCGAGCCGGGACACCCUGGUCUACACGGUUCCCGUCCGCUCUAUGAGCCAACACACCGCUUCGACCAGUGCGAACCGGAU